AUGACAGAGUUCAACCCUAUGUGGACUAGCUAUCCAUCUAGGAACACAGCGGACGAGAUGAGAGGAUAUGCGUUCUUACCAGGAGACAUCUUGGUUGUUGUCGUCGUUGAAGUAGUGGUAGUCGUCGGUGUGGUUGUGGUUUUCCGGGUAUCUGAAAGUGGCACGACUGUUUGA